CGCAGCGGGCUCCCGAGCUCGCUGCAGGCGGGUGGACCUGAGGCCAGCGCAGCCCCGCCCCCGCGCGGGUCACUGGGCCCCGGCGGGCCCCGCUGCCUGCACCCAGACUUCGGAGAUUUCGUCCUGCAGUCUCGGUCCCAUCCUUUAUUCGGGCUACUGUUUUCCAAAGAAGGCGUUUGCAUGGGUUUGGGGACAUAUUUAACAAAAGCUUUAAGUUUUGACAUGAACACUUUAGCAUUUUACUGGUUGUCUUUCGGUCUGAACAUCUUUCCUACGCUCUGGCUUUUCUCAGUUCGGGUUCCUUCUACAGAAUUUCCGAAUUCCCUUGAGCCGGUUAGGUCCCCAAGGGCCUUGGCAUUUUAGGCCCUCAUAACCUGAGGGGCUUGUGGGUAUUUACUCAGCUUGUCACCUGUUUCCCAGCUCACCCUUGCUGUAUUCCGCCUCUUUGGAAUAUAAUGAUUGUCGAAAUCAGCAAGCUUUGGUGAGCUUUGGGCAGGAGAGAUUAUUGGAGCAGAGCAGAAAUUCGGAUUUUCCAGUGUGGUUUUUGUAUUAACCUUUUGAGAGCUGUGGGAUGCGAUGGUGUUUCUAGGCUUGAUAGCUCUUGUCACAUUUAACUUUUUUGAGGUGACUUGGGGAAGGAAACUGAGGCUGCAGAGGCUCAGUGGUAGAGGGAGUCGCAGCAGCAGCUCGUCCAUGAUCGCUCCAGGGGCUGCUGUCCCUGCGGCCAUGGGUUGGGAGCCUUGUUUGAUGGAGGGUGAAGCACAGUACACACAUUGGAAGGCCCGACAGUGCCCUAGCCCUCUGGCUGCUGGAGCUUCACAGUCACCGUUCUCAGAGCCACCUUUGGCUUCGUUGCUUGUCCAGAAUUUUGUAGUCACACCUGCUCAUCGAAGAGCCUCAGUUUCUCCAGGCUAAAGUGUGUUGGAGAUCCACCCCAAACAUCAGAUCACCAAGAGGGGAAAUUUGCUGGCCUCAGUCUGGGGCAGAAACAGCCUGUACGUCUUCAAUUCAUCCUGUUAAGAUGCUGGAUGAGAACCAUCACCUGAUCCAGUGCAUCCUGGAUUACCAGAGCAAGGGCAAGACAGCCGAGUGCACCCAGUACCAGCAGAUCCUGCACCGGAACCUGGUCUACCUGGCCACGAUAGCAGACUCCAACCAGAAUAUGCAGUCACUGCUUCCUGCGCCACCAACCCAGAACAUGAACCUGGGCCCCGGAGCACUGAGUCAGAGCAGUUCCAGCCAGGGCCUGCAUCCCCAGGGCAGCCUCAGUGAUGCCAUCAGCACAGGCCUGCCCCCUGCCUCCCUCAUGCAGGGCCAGAUCGGAAACGGUCCAAACCACGUGUCCAUGCAGCAGACGGCCCAGAGCACACUGCCCACAACCUCCAUGAGCAUGUCGGGCAGCGGCCAUGGUACUGGGCCUGGCUACAGCCACUCGGGACCCACCUCGCAGAGUGUCCCCAUGCAAGGCCAAGGUGCCAUCAGCAACUAUGUGUCUCGGACCAACAUCAACAUGCAAUCCAACCCAGUCUCCAUGAUGCACCAGCAGGCAGCCACGUCCCACUACAACUCAGCACAGGGAGGGAGCCAGCAUUACCAGGGCCAGGCACCCAUUGCCAUGAUGGGCCAGGGUGGCCAAGGGAGCAGUAUGAUGGGACAGCGGCCCAUGGCGCCCUACCGACCCUCCCAGCAAGGCUCUUCCCAGCAGUAUCUAGGCCAGGAGGAGUACUACAGCGAACAGUACAGCCACAGCCAGGGUGCUGCAGAGCCCAUGAGUCAACAGUACUACCCAGACGGCCACGGCGACUACACCUACCAGCAGUCGUCUUACACAGAACAGGGCUACGACCGCUCAUUUGAGGAUUCCACACAGCACUACUAUGAGGGGGGAAACUCCCAGUACAGUCAGCAGCAGACUGGGUACCAGCAGGGCUCGGCGCAGCAGCAGACCUACUCCCAGCAGCAGUACCCCAACCAGCAGAGCUAUCCAGGGCAGCAGCAAGGUUACGGUAAGACGGACAGCGUAGCAUGUCUUCUCACAGAGGACCCUCUGGUGUUACGAUAAAUCUUUCCACCAAAA